AAGAGUGAUAGGGCCUGUAAAAACGUAAUGGGUGUUGGGAGGGACUGAUAGUAGAAGGGGGUGGGAAUAAAGGGGAAAUAAUAUCAAGGGGUGUUACCCAGCCGUGUCAGUGUUAUUUCCCAGUGGAGCACUCCUAUACACUCCGUUGCUCGACGCACAAUCACCCCUUUCGUUCAGUCUGUUCUGAUGUUGUUAUUUUCAGAAAUUGAUUGUAUAAUAAGAAUCCGCCAACAAAGGCAACUACCGUGACUUAAUCGAUAAUACUUACGAAACCAUACGGCGCCGGAAAAAGAAAAGUAUGCGUUACAAAGUUUUCUAUUGCGUAACUGAAAAGUACCGGACUUUUUAAAAUCGUGUCAAAGAGAAUGAAUGUUACAACAGCUAAUAUCUAACGGCAUGGAAAUUCUCGAUUCAAACUUCUCAAAUAAGUAGCCUGAACACUGGAAUGCGUACUCUUUUUUUAUUGGGGGAGGGGAUUUGAGCAAACAUGCCAAAAAGUCUACCUCAAACUAAAACGAUGGAUUGUGUGUUUGUUCUAUAGUCGAGUCGCCUGAUGGAUUGUUUGUCCCAACUUAUUUAAAGAGUAACAACACCAACGAAUGGAUGAGAUGGAGUUAGUUAAUGUCAAUGUGCUUGAUUGAACCCCUCCGAAUAGAAUAUCAAUUAUUCUCUUUCUAUACGGCUCAUUAGGGAAUAGGAACCGGGUGACUGGAAUAAACGGGCUAACACUCUCUUUAUUUACAUUAAAGCCCUGGACAUACGGAUAAGGGUGACUAAAAAGCAUGAGCUACAUGUCUCACCAUCAUCUGGGGCCGGACCCAGGGCUUCAAGUCCAGUUGCAGACUAACACCGUGACGUCAUCUUCUAUCCCGCCAUCCAAUACUUACGUUCAAUUCCAUCAAGACGAAAAACCAUUAAAAAAGAAGGGUCUAAGGGCGACAGGUGGAGUGACGCUAAGUCGAGAAGAGCGAAGACGCCGACGGAGGGCUACACCUAAAUAUCGUUCAGCUCACGCAUCUCGGGAGCGUGUUCGCGUAGAGGCCUUCAAUUCAGCUUUCGCAGAUCUAAGAAAAUUACUUCCCACUCUUCCACCGGACAAGAAACUCUCCAAGAUCGAGAUCCUCCGGUUGGCAAUCUGUUACAUUGGAUAUCUCAACCACGUCCUCGACGUCUAGAUCAACCGCUAGGCUCUGCUAAAUUACCUUUUUUUUCGUCUCUGUAAAUAUACAGCGCCGUGUAAGAUUCAACAAUGCAAGGUUGGGUGUCGUGACUUCAAAUACAAAAGAAU